AUGCGGCUGCACGUGCUUGGCUGUGGCCAUCGGUUGUUCAGCUCUCGCCGCUCGUCGUAUCGAUUCGCGCUGCUGCCAGCUGCUCUGGAAGCGUUCCACCGUCAACAUGACCAUUUCGUCGUGCCCUUCACGUUUCAGGUGCCGCAGAACGACCCGUUCGAGACUAGGGACUCGCUCUUGUGGCCGGAAGGCACGCGUGGAAUGCAGCUGGGACGCGAAGUGCGCCAGUUCGUGCGCGUUUUAGGCCGUGAUCACGACACACCGACACUUCAGCGUGUCCGACAGCAAUUGGACGCCAUUAAGUUCCCUGUUGUUGGCGACUGGCGGCGCUUCCAGUGGGAACAACGAACAAUCUCAGCGCUGACGAGGUACAAAGAGAUGGAGGGCCACCUCGUGGUGCCUCGUACCUUUAAGGUGCCACGAGGCGAUCUACAAUGGCCACGAGCGACGUGGGGACUCAACUUGGGCAUGCGAGUCACUUCCUUGCGUCAACACCGAGAGAAGUUGAGGGCGUACCAGAUCCAGGACCUCGACGACAUUGAGUUUGUUUGGGUCAUCGCGGACUACACGUGGGACGUGCUGUUCAUGCCUGCACUGCGGCACUAUCGCCAACUGUAUGGCCACUGCGACGUGCCGCAGAACUAUGUGGUUGGCAGCAGUGAUCGAAAAGAGGACUCGGAGUCGUGGCCAAAGAGACUGAGAGGCUAUCGGUUGGGACAGUCGGUGAACUGCAUUCGAUCGCGAUCGGCUUUCGCGGCGUUCCUAGAGCGCGACAAGCUGGAGCUGCAACAGCUGGGCUUCUACCCGACUACGAAUGACUGCAAAUGGGCAGAAACGAUCUUACCUACGCUGAAGACGUAUCAUCGUGUGUACGGCAACUGCAAGAUCGACCCGUACUUUAUCGUACCAGAAGAAGAGCCGUGGCCACCGUCCGCGUGGAAUCUUCGCCUUGGCUUUACGGCGCGGAAUAUCCGAAGUCGAGGCGAUUACUUCGUGCAAGUCGCACAAGACUUCAAAGCGCUCGAGGAGAUUGGUUUUGUGUGGAACAUGGUGGCAGUCAAGUGGGAGUUCACGGUGUUGCCGGCGUUGCACACCUACGUGCAAGAAUACGGGCACUGUAAGAUACCUGCUAGCUUUGUGGUGCCAUGCAACGAUCCAUGGCCAAUGAAGUCGCACGGGUUCAAGUUGGGGCAAUUCGCGACAAAGCCUGCGCGACGCGAGCGAUAUGCAGACUUUAUCGAGAUCGACCGCAUGCCAUUGGAGGCGCUUGGAUUCUUCUGGUCAAUUACAUCGGACGACGCGAGCAGUGGGCUGCCGUCCACAGUGCCGCAUAUCACCAUAUCGUGA